ACAAUGGUUAAAAUCCAUAAUUCAAAGCAAACGUUGAUCACUAGAUCCAGUGCUGAUGUGUCAUCAGUGAAGAUAGCAAUGAAUAAUUGCAUUCAUAAAAAUCAUAAAAAUAACACUAAUUGUAAAAAUAUGAGAACUUUAUAUAUUACACAACAGUUAAAUCACAAGCGUUUCAAUAACUUAUUGAUGACAUUCAUGUGGUUAACAAUUGUGUCAUUUUUGUCCAUUUGUAACAUAUGUGAUGCCACGGACUUAAGUGAGUCAGCCGGUGCUGCGGACAGUAGCUCUCAAUCAGUGAUAGCCUCGUAUUCAAUGCAGAAUAAGAGCAUCAAUAUAACACAUUUAGUCUACGAUCGCAACUCAUCGCUUCUAUAUGUCGGUGCCUCCAAUUGGAUCUAUCAGUUCAAUAACAAUCUAACCAAAGAGGCAUCCGUACAAACCGGUCCAUUACAAGACAGUCCUCAGUGUUCGGCAAGUGAUUGCAAUGGCAUUGAAGACAUGCAUCUAAUGAAYAAUAUUAACAAAUUACUUGUCAUUGAUCCGUACAAUCGGGUGCUCAUUGCGUGUGGUUCAGUACGUCAGGGCUCAUGUCAGAGACAUCGAUUGGCGGAUAUUAGCCAACGUGAAGAGUUGGUCACUGUUCCCGUUGCCUCUAAUGACGAGAACUCGUCCACAAUAGCCUUAGUGGGACCGGCAAAAUAUUUCGGACCACAAACCAGUCCAGUGCUUUAUGUGGCGGCCACUAAUUCCCGACUUGGACCCUAUCGUGAUAUGGUGCCGGCUAUUAGUAGUCGUUCCCUUGAGUCGGGACCCAAACUAUUCAAUAUUAUCGAAAAAUCCUUUACCGACGCCCGAGUGGACAUCAGUUCUCAUUUGCGCGACUAUUAUCUCGUCCGUUAUAUCACUGCUUUUCAUACGACAGACUUUGUUUACUUUGCAACCGUUCAGCGGAAGUCUCACUUACGGGCUCUCGAAGAAUGGGGCUAUAUUUCACGGUUGGCCAGAAUUUGUCAAUCAGAUCCCGGCUAUAAUACAUACACUGAAGUAACAAUCCAGUGCUUGGGAUCCGACGGAACUGAUUAUACGCUUCUUCAAGACGCAACUGUUGUGCCGGCCGGUGAGGAUUUGGCCACUGAUCUGCACAUUAAUAUCGGAGACAAAGUGUUUGUUGGUGUCUUCACUACUGCUGUUGAACACACGUCUACAGCCAGCCAUCGAUCAGCAGUUUGUGUCUAUCGUCUCGCAGAUAUUGAACAGAAGUUUACGCAAAACAUACACUUGUGUUAUAACGGUUCGGUGGCUACACGUGAUAUGGACUAUAUUGCCGGCAAUUUACCCGACUGUCCAAUGCCUGGUAGGGGAGGAAAUAUAGUGUCAUUUUGUUCGGAGACAUUAAAACUAAACGGCUCUCAACCCAUUCAAAGUACAUCAGCCAUAACUUAUUCAAAUACCACACUGACAUCAGUGGUUUCAAUGACCACCGGUCAACACACCGUUGCCUUUGUUGGCACAAGAAUGGGUCAACUCAAGAAGCUAUUGAUAUCUCGUUCAGAAUUGGYGGAAGAGUUUGAAGAAGUGGACAUAGAUUUAGGAAAUCCUAUUUUGUCUGAUAUGAUAAUCGAUAAGACGGGUCAAUAUAUUUUCGUCGCCUCUCCUUAUAAGAUCAGCAAAAUAGCGAUUGAACGGUGCGGUCAUUACAGUUCAUGUCGUGACUGUCUUCAGGCUCGCAAUCCCUACUGUGGCUGGUGUUCACUGCAAAAGAGUUGUACUCUAAAAGGUGAAUGUCGUGACCACAAGACUUCAUCAUCGUCUCGAUGGUUAUCUCUUGACACUCAGCAGUGCAUUGAUUUUCAAUCAAUCAAACCGGAAUCACUGCCCAUCACAUCCAUCGAUAAGGUUGAAUUAGUGAUAAACCAAUUGCCAAAAUUGCCUCAUAAUGCCAAAUACCAGUGCGUGUUUGGUGAAGGACCUCCUAUUGAUGCCGAGACUACCAAAUCGGGUCUUAUAUGCCGUACUCCACCUGUAUCUUGGAGACCACAAACACCUAUAGGAUUAGAUCAUAUUUUGGUGAACUUAUCCGUCCGUUCAUCAGAAACUAAGACUGAUUUUCUUCAACGAAAGUUUGCAUUUUUUGAUUGCAAUUCACACAAAACUUGUAUGGAUUGCGUUCAAAGUGAAUGGCAGUGCAAUUGGUGUUCAAACGACAACAAAUGCAGUGAUAAUAAGCACAACUGUUCCCUCACGAGUGUCAAGAUGUUAUCAUCCAGUGCUGGCGCCUCCCUGUCAUCUCAGCCAAUGAGUGCAAUAUCCGACCAGAAAUUGUGUCCCAGUUUUGAUCUCAAACGAAAUAUUCUUCUGCCAAAUGGUAUUCCCAAAGAGAUAAUACUUCCGGUGAAGAAUAUGCCCGACUAUAAUUCAAGUUUUCGCUGUGUUAUCAAUAUUGAAGAUUCAAAGCAAGUGGUGAGCGCUCGGGUUGAAGAUAAUAGGAUUGUUUGCUCGGAAACGGCUUACUCCUAUCGGUCAGAGUUGGGAUCAAUGGAGGCAUCGGUGACUGUCAUGUGGAACGGCGACACAUUUAUUGAUAGAGCAAAUGUCACUAUAUAUAAAUGUAAUCUCUUGGGCGCUCAUAACGGAAGAGCUGAUUGUUCGCUAUGUCUGACAUUAAACAGUGCCUUCGAGUGUGGCUUCUGUAGCAAUCAAUGCACUUAUACCAAGUCAUGUCAAGAACCAGUGUCAAAGAUUUGUCCGCCGCCACGAAUUGAUUGGAUACAUCCAUUGUCGGGACCUGUUGGUGGCGGAACACUUAUCACUAUUGAAGGAAGCAAUUUGGGUACAGAUUUGAAUGAAAUUAAGGAUAAAAUCAGUGUCGGUGGACAACCGUGUGUACCCAUCAAUCAUAAUGUCUCCGUCAGAGUUAUCUGCAGGACGAGUGCAGUGCCUCAACCCUUAUUAGCUGAUGUAGUGGUCGGCAAUAAGGCCGGUGUGACCGUAGCUAAAGAUAAAUUCAGAUACGAUGUGCCGGAACUGGUGGGUUCGCAUCCAAAUAUUGGACCACAUUCUGGUGGCACCAGAAUCUACAUAACUGGAUCUAAUUUGAAUAUUGGUUCAAAUUUGGAAAUAUAUUUGGAUUACUUUCCAUGUAUUGUCGAUAAAAUGUUAGUCAGUUCAACACAAAUAAGUUGUCGAACCACUGCAUCCAAAUCCAGUCAAUAUUUAGUUCGCAAUUUGAUUGUCAAAAUAGACAAUCAAACCCUAACAUUAGGCCGACCAUUCCGUUAUGUACCCGAUCCCACAAUUUUACGUAUUUAUCCACUUAAGAGUUAUAUGUCUGGAGGAAGAACUGUCACUAUUGUUGGAUCUAAUUUGGAUUCAAUACAACAACCAAGACUCGCCAUCUUUGGCACCGACGGCAAUGUUCUUAACGAGAGUGCCUGYGAUGUGAUAUCUGGUUCUCAAAUGGUUUGUCCGUCGCCUCCGGUUAACACACAAAAGGUCGAUAUCUUGAAUAGAGAACAAUUGGACGCCUCGUCUUUGGUGUCCUCUUUGAACACAAACGAAGUGUCGGAUGACAUCAGACUUAGAGUUGGUUUUAUUAUGGAUGCGGUCAAUACUGUUAGAGAAUUGGCCACAAAUUUCCCGACCGUUCAUUCGGACCUCGGUUACGUUCAGGACCCGAAGUUCUUUGGUUUUGACGAAGGACUCAAAUUAUAUAAAGGAGAGUCUCUGGUGAUUGAAGGCGAAAACCUGCGAUUGGCCAGCACUGAGUCCGAAGUUAACGUCACAAUUGGGUCUAAACUGUGUAACCUAACAUCAUUGGCCGCAACACAAUUGGUUUGUCUGCCUCCUGAGGUUCAACCCGAUGGGACUGAUGAAAUUGGUCGCCGAACACCGACUGCAUUACCACUGGUUGUGGUAAAGGUUGGCACAAACUUGCGCUACGAAAUCGGUUAUCUGCAAUACGAAGUGGUCAAGUCAUCUGAAUUGCCUCCAAUCGCUAUUGUUGUCAUUACUAUUUCAUCGCUUGCAUUAAUACUCUUUGUAUUGAUUUCGUUGGCUAUUAUGAGACACAAAUCAUCUCAAGCUGAACGUGAAUACAAACGGAUUCAGAUGCAAAUGGAUACUCUGGAGAACAGUGUCCGAUCCGAAUGCAAACAAGCAUUUGCCGAACUUCAGACCGAUAUGACAGACCUGACCAAUGACUUGGUAUCAAUGGGUAUACCGACUCUCGAUCACAGAACUUAUGUAAUGAAAGUCUUUUUCCCGGGUCUUACUGAACACCCUUUAUUUCAAUGCACUCGUAUCCGAACCAACGGUGCCUACAAUAUCUAUGAGCUGGCAAUGGCUCAGUUCGAACAACUACUUAACAACAAGACUUUCCUUUUGACAUUUAUUAAUGUAUUGGAAACCUCUAAGACAUUCAGUAUUAGAGAUCGUGUCAACGUUGCCUCACUUUUAAUGAUAAUACUAAUGGAACGCAUGGAUUACGCAACUGAUGUCUUGAGGACAUUGUUGUAUCAAUUGGUGGAUAAGAGUGUGUCCUCAAAACACCCGCAACUAAUGCUCAGACGUACCGAAUCGGUCGUUGAAAAAAUGUUGACUAAUUGGUUGGCGCUAUCGAUGUAUGACUACGUGCGAGAACAGGCCGGUUCUCAACUGUUUCUUCUGUUUACGGCUAUUAAAAGACAGGUCGAGAAGGGACCCAUCGAUGCCGUCACACACGACGCCAGAUAUUCAUUGUCUGAGGAAAGACUACUUCGGGAACAUUAUUCGGAUUACGAACAGAUCAUUAUUCAAGUGUUUCAGGAAAAUGAAAACGACAAGAUCUUGUGUCGGGUUAAUGAUUGUGAUAGCAUUAGUCAAGUAAAGGGCAAACUUUUGGACGCACUCUAUAAGAACACACCCUUCUCUUUAAGACCAUCUAUUCAUGACGUGGAUCUUGAAUGGAGACAUGGAAGAGGUGGUCAUCUUAUUCUUCAAGACGAAGAUUUGACCACUAAAUCAGAGCACGGAUGGCAGCGAAUUAACACAUUAAGACAUUACGGAGUCAAGAAUUGGGGGGUUAUGUCUUUGGUGAUGAAACAGUCUUCAGAUAGUUAUAUGUCUUGCAGUACUCGGAACUCAUUGUCGCCUAUUAUUACCAACAAAAGUCCGUUUAUUAGCACCGAUAUCGAUACCGAUCGAUAUUGGCAUCUAUUGAAACCCAACGAUGACUCAUUAGAUACCAAAGAUACGGCUCUUCUACACAAAGCCAUACCCGAGAUAUUCCUUACGAGACUUUUGUCUACAAAAGGAACGGUUCAGAAAUACGUCGACGACUUCUUCUUAACCAUUUUGUCGGCCAAUGAAACACUUCCCGCUGCCGUUAAAUGGGUUUUCGAUUUGUUGGACGCGGCGGCAGUCAAACACCAGAUCACAGAUCCCGAAGUUCUUCACGCCUGGAAAUCUAAUUGUCUUCCUCUGAGAUUUUGGGUUAAUUUUAUUAAAAAUCCCGAUUUCAUACUUGACAUCAACAAAACGCCAACAAUUGAUUCAAGUCUUUCAGUGAUCGCACAGACUUUGAUGGACUCCUGUUCGACAACAGAACACCGUUUAGGAAAGGACUCUCCAUCAAACAAACUAUUGUUUGCCAAAGAUAUUCCAAACUAUAAAGUAAUGGUCAGUAAGUUUUAUUCUGACGUCUCUCUUAUGCCAGCCGUUACUGACCAGGAGUUGGGCGCAGUUAUGCAAUGUCUUUCUCUGACACAUACGGGAGAGUUUGACAUUAUUUGUGCCCUCAAAGAGCUAUUUGUUUAUUCAGUCAAAUAUAACUCGGAAAUUAUGGACGCUUUGCAAAGGGAUCCGCAAACACAACAAUCCAAAAAGCUAUUUCGUUUAACACAUUCAAGACUUAUGGAUGAAAAUAUUAUGCAAUUGAUUAAUGAUUCACAUUUAGAGUCAUAUAUUAAGAUAAUUAAUAAACAAAUUCAACAAAGUUUUGCCACAAGAAUAGAGUUAUUAACGAAUGAGAUUGAGAUUGAAUUCAAACAUGAGAUAAAUGAUAUCAAUACCGAAACAAUGGUCAGACAAUGGAUCCAACAAAUGGAUCAUUAUUUAGAUAAAUGCAAACAAAAAUUCAUUGUCGACCAAAAAUAUGUGGUAAAUGCCAUCAACAACAAAAUCCGUUUAAUUGAGAAAUCACUCGAAGAAAUCAAAGAAUCACUGAAUACGGCGUUACAGACAAUCCAUUAUUACAAACAUGUAUUGCAAACACCGCUAAACAUCAAAAUUUCAGGAAACGAGAGUCAAGAGUAUAAUAAUUGCGAAUCACCUUUGAUUGAGUUGACCACUGAUCCAGAUGUCCAACCAAAUCAUGUCUUUCCACAAAAAUUGUGUUCAUUUGAUGACAUAUUAUUGCCUUCCGAUGCCAUUAAUAUGAGUGAGACUUCAUAUGAUUGYAUAUCAAAGAAUCCAUUAUUACCACAACCUUUACCUUUGGAUUUGCCAUCGAUUCCACCAGAAAUAGGAUUUAUAUCACCACAGAGUUCACUCAUUUCUUAUAAAACAUAUGAAUAA